AUGGCCGCAACGGCCGCCGUCGGAGCGCGCCGCGCCACGUUCUCCUCCGCGGGGCGGCUUCUCCCCAUGCUCGUCCUCGCAUUGCUGCUCCAGGCGCCCUCCGCGUCCGCCCGCCACUGGUUCUGGAACGACGCCCUCUUCCCCGUCGCCGCCACAGGCGAAACGAAGCCCGCCGCCUCAUUCACCGCAGAGACCGAGGGAGCGGCGGUGGGGACUGCCGCGACGCCAGCCCCGGUGGCGGCGCCAGCACCGGCGCCGGCUCCUGCGGUGUCGUGCUACGACGCCCCUGUUGGCCGUUACAUCGCGUCCGGAGCCGCGCCCGACCCGUGUGCUGCGCUGGCGGCGGAGCUGAAGCGCACUGCCGGAGAAUUGGGGGGCACGACCGUGACUGGAGGGCUAGGAUUCGCGGCUCCUUCUCUCUUCAGCGCGUGCCACUCCACGUUCCUGUUCAGGGAUGGAAAUUCGACGGAAGACGUACAGGUGCCAUGGAUGGGGACAGCUGGGCUUGAUCUCUUUGCAAAUGCCACGGAGUACUGGAAGUCGUACUGUGCCGUGAAGGACCCAUCAGUUACUGGUGGCACAAGCGCGCAUGCAAGCACGGUCGGUCAUGCGGACACUCCAAUGAUUGACCGGUUUCUCGAACGCCAUCCCGCUCCAGUCUACUACCACGACGAUACGAGCGAUGGCAGCGGCGAUGACCUGAAUGUCGAGAUUGCGUCGCUUUCUGCUGCAGCAGCGGGACCGACCGUAACGAGGAUCUCACCAACAACUGAUAAUUAUCUGGUAUACCUGGUGGGCGGCAGCACGGCUGUGGUCUGGAUUCACCAGUUCGCUGCCAAGGGCGAGGUGUCGCAGGCGUUGGAGGCGAAAAACAUUGAUGAGGAGCAGUAUAUGAUUAAGGAGGUCACUAAGGCUCUCAAUACCGCAGCAGCAUCCAACGCCUCGCAGAUCAUCAUAGACGUGCGUGGCAACGGUGGCGGCCACACCGGAGCAGUAUACACAGCCCUUCGCCUCCUCAUGGGGGCAGCCAAGGUCCCCGACUCUGCCUUUGCCCUGCCUGUGGAUUUCGUUGUCGACACGCAGUACACCGAGAAAGCCGUCGGUGUCCUCGCCAUCGACUCUGAAUCGCUGUACUACGUAGAUAUGUUCACCGACCUCAACGGGACCGACCUCUCGAGCGCCUUUGACUACGCUCCUUUCCGCAAGCUCCGCUUCACAGAGGCCGGCCCCGCUGGGAACUACUCGGCGCCGUUCAAGCAGAAUUUAACAUUCACCGGAAAGCAAGAGCAGCCGGUGUUUGGGGACCGCCCCUUCCUGGUCCUGUCGGACGGAUACUGCUUCUCCGCCUGCGCCAUCCUCACGCACGUCUUGGGGAAACGCCACAAAGUACCCAUGGUAACCGUGGGUGGUUUGCCCAACCAGCCCCCUGAUGUGGGCUCCUCGUGCCUCGGGUCUACUAAUACGGACAUCUAUGCGAUGUCACCCAGCCUCUCCAAGCUUGCUGCCCAAAUGCCACAGAACGCGUCGCCGCCUCUCAAGGUGAAAGGGGCGGUUGGCAUGGCGUUUACCAACGGGUAUGUGGAUUCGGAGAUUCCGUGCGAGUUUGAGUUUCUGCCCAGCCAGCAUCACAUCAACUACACCGUUGAUCUCAUUGACAAGCCCUGGGCCAUGUGGAAUGAGGUGGCCAAGCUCUUUAACUCCGCUGCAGCAGCCUAG